AUGGAGUUCAAACUGCUGCUGCUGCUGCUGUUUGGGACGACGCUGUGUUUAGAUGAUCCAACUUUACCAAAGGACAGCUGUGGGCAGCGGCCCCUGGUCAGCCCCCCUGGUGAGUCUCGUAUAGUGGGGGGCUGGGAGGCUCUUGAAGGGGCUUGGCCCUGGCAGGUCAGCAUCCAGAUCAGGUCCAGGCAUCACUGCGGCGGGACCAUCAUCAGCAGACUCUUGGUGCUCACUGCAGCACACUGCUUCAAGAGGUACCUAAGGGUCCGCAGAAGUUAUUUCAGUGUGGUGGCCGGACUUAAUGUGUUAUCUGCUCCAGGAGAUGGAACCCAGAUCCGCUCCAUCAGGGAAGUGAGAAUACACAAGGACUACAACAACGUCACGGCUGACAAUGAUGUGACUCUCCUGCUGCUCAGCGCUCCCUUCAACUUCACCGACCACGUCCAGCCGGUCUGCACCCCUCUAUACGACGCUCAGGAGUCAUUCCUCAACUUCAGCCACUGCUUCAUCAGCGGAUGGGGGAGCCCCUAUUUCAAAGGCAGGCUGAUGAACAGAUUGCAGGAAGUGGAGGUGGAGCUCAUUGACAGGAGGACAUGUAACAGGAUCAGCUGGUACAGCGGCUUCAUCACUGAAAACAUGAUCUGCGCUGGACUGGAGAGCGGGGCGGCUGAUACCUGCCAGGGGGACAGCGGGGGGCCGCUGCAGUGCUACAGUGAGGACGAGGACAAGUUCUAUGUGGUCGGAGUGACGAGCUUCGGUCACGAGUGUGGACGUCCUCACAAGCCGGGGGUGUACGCCAGGACCAGCAGGUUUGCAGAUUGGAUUCAGGAUCAGACAGAAUCAGCUGCACACAGACUGAACAUGAGACUGAUCCCAGAGCUGCUCAGUGUCGCUCUGAUGCUGCUCCACACUGUCUGACAGCAAUAAACAUCACUGCUUUACAUCAGACUGUUCACAUUUUGAACAUGAGACGUU